GCUGCACUUCCGCUUACACUUCCGGUCCUCCUCUGCUGCAGCGUGACUUUGCUGCACUUUGACCUCGCUCCGGUCGCUUUUCUGAGCCUUUUGAAACUGUGAAAAUGCUGCUGAUGUCGAAUCGGACUAAACUGUGCUCCGUGCUGUUCACCGCGGCGCGUCUUUACAGCACCGGCCCCGCUGCGGCCAACAACAACCCCGUGGUUUAUUUUGACAUCUCCGCCGACAACGAGCCGCUGGGACGGGUCACCUUUGAGCUAAAUGCAGAAGUUGUUCCCAAAACUGCAGAGAACUUCAGAGCCCUGUGCACUGGAGACCACGGCUUUGGAUAUAAAGGAUCCAUCUUUCACAGAGUCAUCCCUCAGUUUAUGUGUCAGGGAGGAGAUUUCACAAACCACAACGGAACUGGAGGGAAGUCAAUUUACGGGUGGAAGUUUCCAGAUGAGAACUUCAGACUGAAACACACUGGGCCAGGGAUUUUGUCGAUGGCGAACGCAGGACCAAACACCAAUGGGUCCCAGUUCUUCAUCUGCACCAGUAAAACAGAAUGGUUGGAUGGCAGACAUGUUGUUUUUGGCAGCGUGAAGGAGGGAAUGGAGGUGGUGAAGAAAGUUGAAUCCUACGGUUCUCGCUCUGGGAAGACGUCAAAACGAAUCCAGAUCACAGACUGCGGGGAGCUUAAGUGAAAGCUGCACCUGGUCUGUCGUCGUGGUUUCUAACCCUGUCACAUUAUUUGUCCUGUGGAACAAAUAUAUUAAAUUGUUUUGUUGAUACUUUAUAAUAACUACACCUUUAAAAGCUUUUAAGGUAGACUCUGUAACUCUUCUGGUUUCUGAGAGCUACCACACCUCUGUCCCCUCGAAAAUGUUAUUGCUUAGCCUUGAAUGUUCCACUGUAGGGCAUUAAAUCUGUUUUACAUUUAUUCAUUUAUUACAAUUGUCACUAUUGCUAAAAAUAAUUUUCCUUUCUUUGUCUCGUCAGAUCUUGCCCCAUCUCUGUGAUUACGUUUGUGUUCAUGCUUUAUUAAGGCUAAGUAAGGUGUAGUUAUUAUAAUUCAUGUUUCCUUUGGGGUUAUUCAAUGUGAAAUAAGAUUCAGGUACAGAGUGAGACUUCACUGAACUAACAAUAGACCAUCAUUAUGGUCAGUUAUUUGAAUGGGAUUUUACUGGAGUUUAUUGUAUGAAAUAGUAGCAGAAAAUGAGGUAAUGUGAAUGGAAAAGCAGACAGAAGUAUUGAGGUAGUGAUAGUGGGGCGCCCUAUUUGAGAACCACAACAUUUACCGGACAAUGUUGGCUUAACGCUUGAAUCGGUGCAUCCCUAGUCCUGAUGUAGACUUGGUUUGGUCCUUUUCAGAUCAUGGUUUCCUUUUGAUCUAACUCCAAUUUGGUCCUAUUUUUACAUUUACAUUGUUAUCUUUAUUGCCUUAAAGCUCACUGACAGAUAUUUUUUACUUUCAGUUUCACUACUGGUACUACUUUCUGCUUCUCCAACCACUCUCCCAUAGACGAUACACUGGACUGUUAUCAUGUGACCUCAUUGUAAAUGUUUAAAGGCAGUUAACCACAACCCCCAAACUGAAUGUGAACUUAAACAGAGAUGGAACAAAAGGGCUUUGUGGAUCAAAUAAAGGUUUUCCAUUA